CCACUUCCUCUAUGCCUGACAAACCGGAUGUGAAUGAGAUCAAGAAAUUCAGUAAAUUGAAAUUAAAGAAUACAGAAAUACAAGAGAAAAAUCUGCUGCCUUCCAAAGAAAUGACAGAAUAGAAACAAGCAGGCAAAUUGCAAUGAGGCAUGCCCACCAAUGUGUGGUAUGCAUUCCACAGGUAUUGCCUUUGUAUUUUACUUCGUUUAGCUGUUUAACUUUGUACAAUGCAAAGAGGCCAGAUCAAGCUUAAUGCCUGUGCUGUCCUGUUCACAUCAAGGAAUUGAGAACCACUGAUGAUGAGGGCUGCACCUGCCUCUGCCUAUCUGGCUGUCAUGACAGGAAAAGAGCUUGCAUGUUGGUGAAGGAAGAAGUGGGGUGGGAUGACAAUGAAAUCUAGAGUAAAACCAACCUGGCCCAAGGUGUCCUGCUGGCUACUAAAUGCCAUUUAGUCAGAGUGCCAUUAUUUUUUUGUGUUUAAAAUGAUUUUAAUUAUUGGAAUACCCAAUGUUUGUUUAAAAAACAAACAGUUUUAAACGCUCCCCCUGCCCAAAGAAAAAAGAAAGGGCCAAAAUUAGGAAAUCUUCUUUCUGAAAGUAAAUGAGAUAGUCAGUUUGAAGGGAAAAUAUAAAAUUUCAUUAAGCCCCAAAAGGGGACAAUCAGCCUAAAGGGGAGGUAUUUUUAUUUGAUGUUAAUCACGAUGAGUUCUGGGAUUUCCUUGUAACACAGUGCAGGGGGACCGGACUAAUACCACAGUUCAGUCUUCCUGCGUCACAUCAGACACUGUGAGUCAGGGAGCAUCGUUACACCUGGGGUAGAUCUGAAUCCUGGUAAGAAUGUGCUACAUAUACCUUCAGAGCAAGCCUUCAGAGUGUGGUCCACCUUCUCUGAAAACAAAAUGUCAUUCUUACUAUAACAUUUAUUUUGUGUUUUUUUUCUUUUUGCCAGCACCUCAGGGAUGAGCAUCCACAGCUUAAUGUUUACAUCAGUGAAUCAAAGCUAUUUCCAUAGCAACACCUCUACUUCUCCGGAACUGCAAUUUUAUGUCAAUUUACUGUUAAUGGAAGAUGGAACAAAAGCAAGCAGACAGAACAGGAGAAACCUUAAUGCCUCAAGACGGACUGGCAAAGCAAGGAGGAAGAGGAAUGAACCUGUCAUUUACAUGGGUUUUAGGGUUUAGUGAACAACAUUUAACCAUUUUAUGCUCAGGUUUGUAAUAAUGAUUUCGUAGGACCAUAAAAUCUUUGAGCUAAAAUAGACCUUAAAAGUCAUCUGAAACCCCUUAUUUUAUUUUAGCUUUUUU